AUGGCACAGACUAGUCGGGAAGCCUUCCAGAAGGCCGCCAAGGCAAGCACACAUCAAGCCCGCCGAUGGACCGCCGGGCAAUGGGUGUACGUGUAUCGUCGAGGGCGUCCCAACAGCGUUCUUCAUCCUCGCGAUCGUUGGUGCGGCCCAGGGAUUAUCGUCCUUGUGAGUCAGAAGGGCAUCUACGUGGCAAUGAGGUCGAGGCUGUGGAGAUGUGGGUCAGAGCAGCUCCGUCCCGCUCAUCCGAACGAGAUGCUCGGGGCGCAGAUGGCGGAGGAUCCUGGCUUGGCCGAGAUCCUUCGAAAGAUCAAUUCCGAAGACAUCCAGGCAGCGCCGCAGGCUCGCGUCGAUCUUGAGUUGAAGAACCGGCAGCUGAGAUGGAGCCGCCAGCCGAGGUUGCUUCAAGCCAUUCCUCGGCUCCCACCCAGUGGCAGCUCUUCUGUCGCGGGGCAAGCUUCCACCUCCUCGACUGCGUCGCCUCUGACUCCAGACGAGCAAGUGACGGGCUCUGGGAGAGUGGGCCAGCAGAUUGCCGAGUUCGAAAGCCUCCGACCUCAUCGUGAGCAAUCACCUCGGCGAGGCAAUGAGGCCCAGGCUCUCGCCGAGGAGGAGCGUAAGCUCUUCGAACAGUCGGACAAGGUCGAGUGGGAGGCCAUGCUGGCUACUGGAGCGGUGCGAGUACUGACGGGCAAGGAAGCCAGGGAGGCCCGGAGGAAGUUCCCCGACCGGAUCCUCAGCUCGAGAAUGGUCCUUCCAGACAAGCUCAACGCCUGGAAAGCCAAGUCCAGGUGGUGCAUCCAGGGCCACUCGGAUCCCGACACCUCCGAGCUUCAGACUUAUGCCCCGACGCCAUCGACCGAGGGCCUCAUGAUGUUCCUUCAAACGGCUACCAAUCUCCGCCAAGAGUGUGCCUUUGCAGAUGUCCGCAACGCCUUCUGCCAGUCCCUGCCUUUGUCUCGAAGCAAGGGACCGUUGUUUGCGGAAGGAUGCGAGGGGCUGAAUCUUCCACCCGAAGCUCUCAUCGCCCUGGAUGUGCCAGUCUAUGGGUUGGAUGACGCUCCAGCGGCUUGGCGUAAGACGGUCGUCGACUUUCUCCUGAGCAUCGGCUUCAUCCGGCACAUCACUGAGCCCUGCUGGUAUUUGCGCUUCAACUCCGACAAGCAAAACGAGGCUCAGGUGCUGGUGGAAGUCGAUGACCUGAUUGUGGCCACCAACCCGGAGGUCACUGAGUCUAUCAAGAAGACUUUCCAGGAGCGUUUUCACUUCGGGAAGUGGGAGUACGGGGAGGCCGAGUACGCAGGCAGGAAGGUGUUCCCGAUCCAGGUGGCUAAAGGGAGGCGUCAGCUCAAGGACGACAAGCUCAACGAGGAGGAGUUUGGACUUUUCCGCUCCCUGAUCUAUAAGGUCAACUGGCUGGCGCGAGAGAGCCGUCCAGAGGCAGCUGGACUGGCCUCCAUCAUGGCGUGCAGAUUACCGCAUGCCCAGCUGAAGGAUAUCUUCACGAUCAACAAGUACGUGAACCACCUGAGAAGCACCGCGGCGCGUGCCAUCAAGAUCUGGAGGUUCGAGCCAGAGGAGAUGGUCUUCAUCUCAGUCUCGGAUGCCGGAGGAGUCACUGUGAGGGAAGGGGAGACGGACGAGGAAGGGCUCCCUACGGACGCCGCUCAGGGCGCAUGGGCGGUCUUCACUGCGGAGGGGCAUCCUGUCGGAGCCCAGCAGGUGAAGGCUACGCCAGUAGCCUGGCGCAGCAGUAGUAAGCUGAAGAGGAAGGUCUUCAGCACCUUCGGUGGAGAGACGCAGGCCAUGCUCCAAGGAGUGAACGAGGUCGAAUGGCUACAGAUCAUGUACCGCGAUGCGAUCUUCAAUGACAUCCAGCUGGACCAAUGGAGAAACAGCCUUUCUCCGCACCUGGUGAUCAUGAAGAGUGCCGCUCACCUACCGGCUCGCCAGCCACAGAUUUCCGUGACUGACGCAAAAUCACUCUUCGACUGCCUACUACGAGAACAUCCUCAAGGCCGUCAGGACCGCAAGUCCGCUCUCGAGCUGGCAAUCAUCCUGCGAGAUCUUCAGUCCACUCGAAGCUCAGUUCGAUGGACCCCUCACCAGAAGAUGGUGGUUGACUGCCUCACCAAGGACGAGAGGAGCAACGGAGCCAUGGAGAUGUUUCUUAGGCUUCAGAGCGAUGUCGAGAAUGUGCACUUCUUCAUGUCGAUGGGCCUGGGAUACUUGAUCUCCAGCGUGGGCCAGUUUGUGGCCGGAAUCACCGUGGCCAUGAUGCAUGGACCCAGGCUGACGCUGUCUGUCUGUGCCUUUCUGCCCCUCCUAUUUUGUGCGGGCCGGAGCAUGGGCCAGCAGCUGGAACAACAAAUGGGCAGACAGCAGCAGGAUUUUGCCAAGGCAGCCGCUGUGGCGAAGGAGAGCCUGAUGGGCAUUCGUACUGUGGCGGCCUUCGGGGGCGAGCUGCGACAACAGGAGCUUUUCGCGAGCCAGCUGAUGCAAGCCCGGGACGGGGGAAUUCGCGCUGGCGUGAAGAUCGGCAUGUCCUGGGGAGUUCUUAACUUCAUCUUUGCUUCACUCUAUGCAGUCACGCUCUAUGUCGGGGGCCACGGCCUUCUGACCGGUGCCACCAGCAAGCAGGGUGGAGAUGUGGUUACCGUGCUCAUUUCGCUGAUCACGGGCAUGGGCGGUGUGAACUCCUUCAGCGGCUAUCUCCCCACGAUGACCAAGGCCUUGGCCUCCGCGGCUGCACUGAAACUAGGCCGAGGAUAG